ACCGUUCCUGAGCUUGUCCCCUUCCGUCUCACGCAAAACUUAAUUGAUGCAAUGGGCAUACUGAAAGUCGACGGCAUGUAUCGGAAGACCUGCGAGGUGACGCUAGACGUGAUGAAAAAAAACAAGACCCAACUCCUAUCAGUAUUUGAGACAUUGGGACAUGAUCCUCUCGCGGACUGGCAAAAGAAGGCUCUCGGAAGAGCUAAGAUGGUGUCUAGACUUCCGUUUGGAUGAACUGAUGAAUGGAUCGCGGACAUGCC